UCGAGUCAAGUUGUUGGCACCGCUCAUGACUGUGCUUUUAGUUAGUCCAUGCACAUUAUACCCAUCUCUUCUGGCAAUUUUCCCAAAAAUAGUUAUUCUUUAAUCAUCACUAAUAAUUUCAUUUUUUUUUAACCAACUUAACACUUUUCAUUGGCACUGUCACGUGUAUAAUUUUUCUACAAUAGUAAAAAAAAAAAUUCGAAAAGACUGGUGACCCACAGGCCAUUAAAAUAUUGAAUCGAGCAACGAAAUAAUUGGGCGGUGGCCGCCGCCGCCGAUCGCUCCGGUCGUCCUUGUCGUGGACGAUGACGUGCCGGGACAACUGGUGCACCGGGGCGGACCAUCGGGUGGCCAGUGCGUGUGCUGAUAGCGUGCGACGACCGGGAAAACAGCGCAAACAGCAACGACCUCGCCGUCAGGGGCAACGACAGCGGCUGCAGCAACAGCUGAGGCAACAGCGGCGGCAGCGGCAGCAACAGCAGCAACUGCAGCAACGGUGAACGAUUGGGGGGCCACCGUGCAAUGGCGACGCCCCCCGACAGCCCGAUCAUCGAAGAGGCGACACUAAUCGAGCUCGAGGAACAGCUGAACAACACGUCUGCGUUUCCGCACCCUAGGCCCGUCGCCCUAGAGGACCUGUGCCGGCAGACCAAGUUCACCAGACAAGAGAUCCGCAUCAUGUACAGGGGAUUCAAACAGAAAUGUCCAGAAGGAGUAGUGCACGAAGAUCUAUUCAAAGAUAUCUACUCCAAGUUUUUUCCACACGGAAAUUCGAAUUUAUAUGCUCAUUUUGUGUUCAAAGCAUUUGAUGUCAAGAGCAAUGGUGCAAUUAGUUUUAAAGACAUGCUGAUGACUCUGUCUACUCUGCUUCGCGGGUCUAUUUAUGAGAAACUCAGGUGGACAUUUAAGCUGUACGAUCUAAACGGCGACGGAUGCAUAACGAGGGCGGAGCUCAGUCAAAUCGUGUUAGCCAUCCACGAGCUGAUGGGCAAAAGACCACAAGGUCGUGGUAGUACUAAAUCCAAAGAUCACACCGAUAUGGUUUUCCAAAAACUCGAUAUCAAUCAAGAUGGCGUGAUUACGUUUGAAGAAUUUAUCGAAUCAUGUUUAAAGGACGAGGCAAUCACGAAAUCAUUACAAAUUUUCGACUCCAGGUCCCUAUGAUUGUCGCUAUCCUCCACCGACUCUAUGGAAGUAUCACUUCUGUCAUUUGAUCAGUCUGCUGGUCAGUCGGAGGAGGAGCAAUGCAGCCAACUACGACAAGCAGACAACGAGUCUUCCCAAAACAAUAUUUUCUUUGAUUUUUAAUGUAAAUAAUAAUAAAAUAUUAUUAUAACGAC